UAAAGAUAAUAAUAGGAAAUAUUUUUAUUUCACUGUACAUAAAUUAUAUAAACUUAAGAGUUUUAAGGGUAUCAAGACUGUGAUCAUAACUGUGCUUACACCAAAAGCUGUUCAAUCUCAUUUAAUCAUCUGGUUACUUUCAGUGAAUGUGUUAGCAUUACUUCAGGUAACUGAUUUAAAUGUGAGAGAGUUGAACAAUGUGUUUAGUGGUGCCUCUGAUGCCAAUGAAUUUCAAAAGUGCUUAAUGAAGGCUGAACAGUGCCUGUGCUAUCUUAAAAGAUAGUUUCAUGGUAUUUAAUUAUUGUGCUUACAGCAUGGAGAUGUUGCCAAUUCUUCAGGAAGAGUCCAUUGAUCAGUGGAAAGAUAUAUAUGUGGGAUUAAGCAACCACAAACACCUUGCACAGAAGGGCUUGCCCAUUUUAUAUUACAAAUCUGUGUAAUUUGCAGCCCUUUCUUUCUAUGGUUCAGUGUGUGUCCAAUUAAAGUGUGACCCCAAAUUGAAAGGAAGACUAGCACUUUGGUAGAUAAGAAAAUCAAAUAAAUGUUAACACCAAGCGCAGGUAACAUUUUGCCCGGAUGUGGAAUCUCUAGGUUCAGAGGCAGAUGCUCCCAAGUAAUUAUUGCAGGAGAAAAACAACAGGAAAAGAAACAUUCUGUGUCAAAAUUUCUUUCCUUUCCUUUUUUUUAAGCCUGUCAUUUCAAUUUGAUAUAAAUCACUUUCUAGAAGCCAUUCUUGGGGUUUUUGGUUCUUAUGCUUACUAUACUUAAAGUGAGGAGGCUGAAUGGCUUGUCUUUCAUUGUACAAUCUCUUCGGUGGAUGGCAGGCUCCCUCAUUUUCCCUAUUUCAAUUAAAUCCCAGGGAAAGACAUUGUGAUAUUUUUCCCCUCCCAGAUUAGGAAAUGUGGCUGGCUAGGGAGGCAGCAGAGUGGUGGAGGGUGAAAUAGACUGCACAAGGACAAGGUAAGCUCAAAAGAAGAGCAAACCAGCAGCAGUGUCAAACAGAUGACAUCCCUUAGGAAAAAGAAAACAGGUACAACAGCCACUGCUAAUGCUGAGCCUUACCGCUGAAAACUGCUAGAAAGUUUCUUCUUCCCUUGGGGAAAUUUAGUGGAAAAGUCCCUGUAUUUUUUUUAUGGCUAUGCAGUGGGCAAUUUUGAAAGGCUGUUUUCAAACAGCUCUAGAAAGGAACUGUUGCUGUCAUAUCCCGCUUGUGGAUUUCCUGGAGGCAUUUGAUUGGCCAUGGUGAAAAAUAUUACCUUCAACAUUUACCUUCAAAUUUAUUUUUUUAGUUGCAAGUCAGAGCAGAAAACCUGACCCUUUGGGAGCCUUGGCCUUUGUCUUCCACUGUGUUCCCAAUUCAGAUCAGGGAAAGUGCUAUGCCUGCAGUUUAACAGGAAGAAAAUGCUUGCAUUGAAGAGAAUGGAGGCAUUUUCUCUAAUAAAACUGCAGGUGUGAGUUGUCAACACACUAGAAAGCAGAGCAAAAAUAAAGCUUCCUUACCCCUCAUUAGUCCCAGUCCAGAACAGGCCUCCUGUGCAAAUUUUUGAAUAUGAAAAAGGAAGAGACAUGGUCUCUUCAUGCUAUGUAUUGAAGGUAAUUUUUUGCUUGGUUCAUACUAGAGGUUAUGACACUUGCAUCGUGUGUAGCUGAAGAUAACCCAUCCUAGAGUAAAUGUGCAGAACCCUGAUUUGGAUUAGUAGCUGCCUUCUGUUUCCCCUGUGGUCUCCCCUCCCUGCAAAAGUACAGACGCUUUUUAAAAAAGGAAAAAGUAUCUUUUUAGUACCAUGACAGCUGUGUGGGGUUUUGUGAAAAAUUGCUCCACGAUUAGUGUUAAUGUGUACUUUGACUUUUUGGGUCUCGGGCAGUUGAAACAAGGUUUGCUAAAAGCCAUGCAUAGGACUGAAGUCAGUGAAGGGUUUUUUAAAUCAUCAGUCCUUAUGGACUUGUCUAUGGUUAUAACAUCAAGCCCAGUGAAGCAAACAGAACCUGUUCAGACACGGUCCUUGGCCAGUUUUGUUUUAAUAUUUGGAACCUGGAGAGACGUUGCCUCCUUGUAAUCUAGGCUUGCUUGUCCUUCAUAUUUAAAUGAUAGCACUCAACUUACAAAAGGGAAGGAUAGGAACCCAACAGUUCAACAGUUUAUUUUAUGGAAGACUAGUUCAGUCGUAGUAGUUGUUUUAACUGCUUCCUGAAAAGUACAUAAUUUUCGCUGUCACAUGCAUCUACAUUAAUUACUCUUUUAGAAGCGUUCUAGAGGCUUUCCCCCAAACCCCUAAAUAGAUGAGGAUGUCAUUACAAAAAUAUUGUGCAUUUUGUAGAGGACAAAAUGUACUCUGGCUAUCAGCAACUGAAGUGGCUACUUUACUUUACUUAGUGUUAAGUACCAUCACUCCACUGUCGCUGGGGAAUACUUGAUUGUAAGCAAGAAAGUUCCGGUAUUCUGCUGAUAUCUUCAAGUGUGUGGGUGGGCAUAGCAGAGGGAAGCAAGGUGGCAUACAUUUUGGAAAUGAGGACAAAACAGUUCUAAUUAUAGAGGCAAAGUGUCUUAAAUGCUGGGCUGAAAAGCCCAACCAAUCCAGCCAGCUGCACUGAUGCAAAACGAAUUCACUGCUAUGGGUGUUUUUAUUCAAGGUUUAAGACUACAGUCCUUGGCCUUUUGGGAUUUAUACUGAUUGGGCCAAUCACUAUCUUGCAAAAUCUGGCCAUAAACGUUUGAUAAAGGACCUGCAACAAGAUGUGACCGAUGGAGUUUUACUGGCUGAAAUCAUCCAGGUUGUAGCAAAUGAGAAGAUUGAAGAUAUCAAUGGCUGUCCAAAGAAUAGAUCUCAAAUGAUUGAAAACAUAGAUGCGUGCCUGAGUUUUUUGGCUGCCAAAGGAAUCAACAUACAGGGACUGUCUGCAGAAGAAAUCAGGAAUGGGAAUUUAAAGGCCAUCCUAGGUCUUUUCUUCAGCCUGUCACGGUACAAGCAGCAGCAGCAGCAGCCCCCCAAGCAGCAUUCACAGCACCUCCCAUCCCAGCAACCACCUACAUCACCCCAGCAAGCAGGCUCUCCAUCCCAGUGCCAGGUUGGGCUGCAAGAACUGCAGCUGCAGGGACAGCAGCAACCGGUGCCAGCUUCUCCCCAGACUCAGUGCCAGCAACCCCAGCCACUGCCUCAUCUCCAGUUAAAAGCACAACCAGAAAUGCAGUCCAGUGCAUCACCCAGGGACUCAUCUCAAAGCAAAAUCAUCCGAUUCACUCUUGGUCAGAAAAAGACUUCUAGACUUCCAGGUCCUACCACGAGGGUUUCAGCUGCAGGCAGCGAAGCAAAAACUCGUGGUCCAGUUAGUGCCAACAACCGGCGCAGCCAGAGCUUUAACAACUAUGAUAAAUCCAAGCCCACAAGCCCACCAACCCUUCCAUCAAACAGCAAUGAGAAAGAGCCAGCAGACAAUUUAGCCUCCCAGCCCACAGGAAUGAAUGAAAAUGCAUCAUCUUCAGUCCAAAGUAGCAGUAGCAACAACGCUGCCAGUUGCAAUAACUCCUCAGCCAUCCCCCAGCCCAACUCUGCCGUUAAACCUUGGCGCAGCAAGUCACUGAGUGCUAAGCACACAGCCACGUCUUCCAUAUUAACAGUGAAGCAGCAGGUUCAAGAGCCUCCAAAGCCCCCUCCAGAAAUGGUCAAAACAACUCCCAAUGGUCAGAAAUCCAUGCUUGAGAAACUGAAACUCUUUAAUACAAAAGGCGGCUCUAAAGCAGGGGGGUCGUCCCUUGAAUGUCCAGGGUCUCGGGAUACUAGUUGUGAAAGAUUAGAGGCCCUCCCUACCUGUGAGGAGAGUGAAGAAAUGGAUGCUGUAAAUCGGAACAAUCCAGGACCAACUUCUAAUAGUCCCAAAAUUGCACUCAAGGGAAUUGCACAAAGAACGUUUAGUCGGGCGCUGACAAAUAAGAAGAGUUCCCCAAAGGGCAAUGAGAAAGAAAAAGAGAAGCAGAAAGAUAAAGAAAAGGAAAAAAGCAAAGACAUUGCAAAAAGAACAUCUGUAACUGAGAAAACGGAUAUAAAAGAGGAGCUGAAAGAAGAACAAACUACACCAGCUAUGACAGAGACGCCAAAAAAAACCUCCAAGAUUGCAAGCUUUAUCCCUAAAGGAGGAAAGCUUAACAGUGCCAAGAAGGAGGUGACUGCCCCUUCACACAGUGGAAUACCAAAACCAGGGAUGAAAAACACCACAGGGAAAUCCUCAAGUGCCCCAAGUAGUUCUGCAAAGGAAAGCGAGAGAAGCCGCAGUGGGAAACCUGCCCCAGGUCUCUCUCAUCAGAAGCCCCAGCUGGACAGCAGAAAUUCAAGUUCCACAUCAAGUUUGGCCUCCUCUGAAGGGAAAGGAGCAGGGGCGGGGCCUGCUUUGAGUACUAGCACUAGCAGCCAGGCUGUCAACGGGCCAACAAGUAGUACCACACAGACCACAGCAAGCAAUACUGUGAGUGUUCAGCUACCUCAUCCACAACAGCAAUACAACCACCCGAAUACGGCCACAGUAGCACCAUUCAUGUACAGAUCCCAGACAGACAAUGAAGGUAAUGUAACAGCUGAGCCCAGCACUGGAGGAGUGAGCACAAGCAUGGAUCCUGCUCCUUACACUAAAACGGGACAGCCUAUUCUAGAAGAUCUUUCUGGAGAAGAUCCAGAAACCCGUCGAUUGAGAACUGUCAAGAAUAUAGCUGAUCUUCGGCAAAACUUAGAGGAGACCAUGUCUAGCUUACGUGGGACCCAGGUUUCUCACAGCACCUUGGAGACCACCUUUGAUACCAAUGUCACCACUGAAAUAAGCGGGCGCAGUAUUCUCAGUUUGACGGGAAGGCCAACACCCUUAUCUUGGAGACUUGGGCAGUCCAGUCCCCGUCUUCAGGCAGGUGAUGCUCCAUCUGUGGGUAAUGGAUAUCCUCCAAGAGCUAAUGCUGGACGGUUCAUCAAUACAGAAUCAGGGCGUUACAUGUAUUCAGCACCUUUGAGAAGACAGCUAGCAUCUCGGGGCAGUAAUGUCUGUCACAUGGAUAUCUCAGACAAAGCUGGAGAUGAAAUAGAUCUUGAAGGCAUCAACAUGGAUGCUACAGGCUAUAUGAGUGAUGGAGAUGUCCUGGGAAAAAAUAUAAGGACUGAUGACAUUACAAGUGGGUACAUGACGGAUGGUGGAUUGGGCCUUUACACACGAAGGUUAAACAGACUUCCUGAUGGGAUGGCUGCUGUACGGGAAACUCUGCAACGAAACACCUCCCUGGGUCUGGGUGAUGCUGAUAGCUGGGAUGAUAGCAGUUCUGUCAGCAGUGGAAUCAGUGACACCAUAGACAACCUCAGCACCGAUGACAUUAACACAAGCUCCUCUAUCAGCUCCUAUGCCAACACACCUGCAUCCUCUCGCAAGAACCUAGAUUCACAGACGGAUGCUGAAAAGCAUUCUCAAGUGGAACGAAAUUCCUUGUGGUCUGGCGAUGAAAUAAAGAAAUCGGAUGGAGGCUCUGACAGUGGUGUAAAGAUGGAGCCUGGAUCUAGAUGGAGAAGGAAUCCGUCUGAUGUCUCUGAUGAAUCUGAUAAAAGCACCUCUGGGAGGAAGAACACAGUCAUUUCGCAGACAGGUUCCUGGAGACGGGGCAUGUCAGCUCAGGUUGGCAUUACCACACCAAGGACGAAAACAGCAGCCACCCCAGGAACUUUAAAGACACCUGGAACAGGGAAAACUGAUGAUGCCAAGGUUUCAGAAAAGGGUCGAAUUUCUCCCAAAUCUGGGCACAUUAAACGUUCCCCAUCCGAUGCUGGACGUAGCAGUGGCGAUGAAUCAAAAAAGCCUUCUGCAAAUAAUUGUAGGGCAGCUACGGCCAAUACAAAUACAUUUGGAUUUAAAAAACAGAGUGGGUCAGCUGUAGGGAUGACCAUGAUAACAGCUAGUGGGGCAACCAUCACAAGUAGAUCUGCUACUCUAGGCAAAAUCCCCAAGUCAUCUGGACUCAUGGGGAGGUCCACUGGUCGGAAGACUAGUGUUGAUGGAUCACAGAAUCAGGAUGAUGGUUACUUAGCUAUUAGUACUCGGACCAAUCUUCAGUACCGGAGUUUACCCAGGCCCAGCAAAUCCAGCAGCAGAAGUGGAGCCGGCAAUAGAUCCAGCACUAGUAGCAUAGACUCCAACAUUAGCAGCAAAUCAGCAGGCUUGCCUGUUCCUAAGAUGAGGGAGCCAACAAAAGUUGCCCUUGGGAGCUCUUUGCCGGGCUUAAUCAACCAGACUGAUAAAGAGAAAGGGAUCUCUUCAGACAAUGAAAGUGUGGUCUCUGGUAAUUCUGUUAAAGUGAACCCAGCAUCUCAGGCAGCAUCUAAUGCAGCCCAGAACACUCACCAGCAAGGAGUCAAGUACCCAGAUGUCGCCUCUCCCACUUUGCGCAGACUUUUUGGUGGAAAACCAAGUAAACAAGCUCCCAUUACAACAGCAGAAAGCAUGAAAAAUUCAGUGGUCAUCUCAAACCCACAUGCAACUAUGAACCAGCAAGGGAACCUGGAUUCUCCUUCUGGCAGUGGCAUACUCAGCAGUGGUGGUAGCAGCCCUCUCUAUAGUAAAAAUGCAGACAUGAAUCCAUCUCCAUUAGCAUCUAGUCCCAGUUCUGCUCAUUCGGCUCCUUCCAACAGCUUAACCUGGGGUACUAAUGCCAGUAGUAGUUCUGCUGUUAGCAAGGAUGGGAUUGGAUACCAGUCUGUCAGCAGCCUGCACACCAGUUGUGAAUCCAUUGAUAUAUCUCUCAGCAGUGGAGGCGGGCUGAGCCACAACUCUUCCAGUGGCUUGAUUGCAGCUUCUAAAGAUGACUCGUUGACUCCCUUUGUUAGGACCAACAGUGUUAAAACAACAUUGUCAGAAAGCCCUCUCUCUUCCCCCGCUGCUAGUCCCAAAUUCUGCAGAAAUACUUUACCCAGGAGACAGGACAGUGACCCACAUCUUGAUAGGAAUACUUUGCCUAAGAAAGGACUCAGGUAUACUCCAUCAUCGCAACUUCGUAAUCAAGAAGAAGCAAAAGAAUGGCUGCGUUCACAUUCUGCUGGAGGCCUUCAAGAUACUGUUGUCAAUUCCCCAUUUUCUUCUGGUUCCAGCAUCACAUCUCCUUCUGGGACUAGAUUUAACUUCUCCCAACUUGCAAGCCCUACCACAGCAGCCCAGAUGAGCUUGUCAAACCCAACCAUGCUGCGGACGCACAGUCUCUCUAAUGCGGAUGGCCCUUAUGAUCCCUACAGCGACACCCGGUUCCGGAAUAGCUCAAUGUCACUGGAUGAAAAGAGCAGGACUAUGAGCCGUUCUGGAUCAUUCCGGGAUGGCUUUGAAGAAGUGCAUGGGUCUUCCCUCUCUCUGGUGUCAAGCACAUCCUCCAUUUAUUCAACGCCUGAAGAAAAAUGUCAAUCAGAGAUACGCAAGCUAAGGAGGGAGUUGGAUGCAUCCCAAGAAAAGGUUUCAGCACUAACAACACAAUUGACUGCCAACGCUCACCUUGUAGCAGCAUUUGAACAGAGCCUAGGAAACAUGACCAUCAGACUGCAAAGCCUUACCAUGACUGCAGAACAGAAGGAUUCAGAACUGAAUGAGUUAAGAAAAACUAUUGAGCUACUGAAGAAACAAAAUGCUGCUGCUCAGGCUGCCAUUAAUGGAGUUAUUAACACACCUGAGCUCACCUGCAAAGGUAGUGGAAGUGCCCAGACCAGCGAUUUGCGGAUCCGAAGACAGCAUUCUUCAGACAGUGUCUCUAGCAUCAACAGUGCGACUAGUCAUUCCAGUGUGGGAAGCAACAUAGAAUGUGACUCUAAGAAAAAGAAGAGAAAGAACUGGGUCAAUGAGUUACGCAGUUCCUUCAAACAAGCUUUUGGUAAAAAGAAGUCCCCCAAGUCAGCAUCUUCUCAUUCAGAUAUCGAGGAGAUGACAGAUUGUUCUUUGCCUUCAUCACCAAAACUGCAUCACAAUGGCUCAGUCAUGUCUACACCGUUGCUGAGAACUUCACAUUCCAAUUCUCUGAUCUCAGAAUGCCUUGAUAGCGAAGCUGACACAGUUAUGCAGUUGAGAAAUGAGCUGAGAGACAAAGAGAUGAAGCUGACAGAUAUCCGUUUGGAGGCCCUGAGCUCUGCCCACCAGCUUGACCAGCUUCGGGAAGCUAUGAACAGGAUGCAGAGUGAGAUUGAGAAACUGAAAGCCGAAAAUGACCGUCUGAAGUCUGAAAAUCAAGGCAGCUGUAGUAGAGCCCAGUCUCAGGUUUCCAUUUCGUCCUCUCCACGGCAGUCUAUGGGUCUCUCGCAGCACAGCCUGAACCUCACAGAGUCAGCCAGUCUCGACAUGCUGCUGGAUGACCCCAGUGAUGGCUCUUCUAGGAAAGAAGGUGGCAGGCAUGUUAAAAUAGUCAUCAGCUUUCAGGAUGACUUGAAAUGGAAAGAAGAUUCUAGGCCUCGCCUCUUCCUUAUUGGCUGCAUAGGAGUCAGUGGAAAGACCAAAUGGGAUGUCCUGGAUGGAGUUGUCAGAAGACUGUUUAAGGAAUACAUCAUUCAUGUAGAUCCUGUGAGUCAGCUAGGGUUGAAUUCAGACAGUGUCCUGGGAUACAGCAUUGGGGAAAUCAUUCGCACAAAUAGCGCCGAGACACCUGAGCUGCUGCCCUGUGGCUACCUGGUUGGUGAAAACAACACCAUCUCAGUGUCUAUCAAAGGUAUCGUGGAGAAUAGUUUGGACUGUCUCGUAUUUGAGUCUCUGAUCCCAAAGCCUAUAUUGCAACGUUACGUGUCACUCUUGUUGGAACAUAGGAGAAUCAUCUUAUCUGGUCCAAGUGGCACAGGAAAGACAUACUUAGCUAAUCGUCUCUCAGAGUAUAUUGUACUUAGAGAGGGCCGGGAGCUGGCUGAUGGUGCUAUUGCAACAUUUAAUGUGGAUCAUAAGUCCAGUAAGGAACUCCGCCAGUACCUUUCCAACCUUGCUGACCAAUGCAAUAGUGAAAAUAAUGCUGUGGAAAUGCCUCUGGUGAUCAUCCUGGACAACCUGCACCAUGUUAGCUCCCUGGGAGAGAUCUUCAAUGGGCUCUUAAACUGCAAGUACCACAAAUGUCCUUAUAUUAUUGGAACAAUGAACCAAGCAACGUCUUCUACACCCAACCUUCAGCUACACCACAACUUCAGAUGGGUACUUUGUGCCAACCAUACAGAACCAGUCAAGGGCUUUCUUGGUCGUUUCUUGAGAAGAAAACUCAUUGAAACAGAAAUUGGUGGCAGGACAAGAAAUGCAGAACUGGUUAAGAUCAUAGAUUGGAUUCCCAAAGUCUGGCAGCAUCUCAACAAGUUCUUGGAGGCUCACAGUUCUUCUGAUGUUACUAUUGGUCCACGACUCUUCCUUUCUUGUCCUAUAGAUGUUGAUGGUUCCAGGGUCUGGUUUACUGAUCUGUGGAACUACUCCAUUGUUCCCUAUCUUCUUGAAGCAGUCAGAGAAGGGCUACAGUUGUAUGGAAGAAGAGCACCCUGGGAAGACCCUGCCAAAUGGGUGAUGGACACUUACCCAUGGGCAGCCACCCCACAACACCAUGAAUGGCCGCCUUUGUUGCAGUUGCGCCCAGAAGAUGUUGGAUUUGAUGGUUAUUCUAUGCCACGGGAAGGCUCGACCAGCAAACAAGUUCCACCCAGUGAUGCUGAAGGAGAUCCUCUGAUGAACAUGCUGAUGAGAUUGCAAGAGGCAGCCAACUAUUCCAGCCCACAGAGUUACGACAGUGACUCCAACAGCAAUAGCCAUCAUGAUGAUAUCCUUGACUCGUCCUUGGAGUCAACGUUGUGAUGCACAGCUAGCCGAAAUGCUUGCUUGCUUCCUGUGUCCUGUCUCCUGCUUCACGUAGAAAAAUGAAUCACUAGUCCAAGCGGAUAACUGGUCCUUGGUCCAGAUGGACAUCUCAGUAUUACAGCUGCAAGAACAAUACAACCGUAUUUCUCUCCCUCCGCCCCCUCCCCAUUCAGUGUCAAAUAUGGGUGCAGGCAACCCACUUGAUGUUUUUGUACUGUGUUUUUAUUUUUUAUUUUUUCCUUAAUAAGAACUGCACUACUUUGUUUUUAUUCUUUUGACUUUGCUGUGAGCUCACAUGCCUAAGACACUGAAUACAUUUUUUCCCAUAAAAACAAUGUUAGUCAAUAGUAAUUUCUGGGGAGAGUGGGCUAGGGCUUGGGGAGGGGAGAUGCCCUCAUUCAAAGCUUUGAAAUAAAAGAUCUUUGUGCCAUGUACUGUCCAGAAAGGGAGUAAAGGGAGUGGAUCUUGCCUAUGCUGCUCCUGACCAUUACUGACUGCUUUGUUUGGUAAUGGUUCAGUUUUUCUAAGACAUGGUUGAAUCUCACCUCAGCUGCAGAUAGUUCUGGUGCUAUCUAGAAUAAGCACUUGCCUUGAGAGUAAUGUACCCUAAAAGGCAAGGAGAGGAAAAACAGGGAACUCUGAAAUACUCAAGCGUACUUACAUACAUGCAUCCAUGCAGAAAAGGAGGCUGUUCUCCAGUUCGAGACCCUGGCUUUUUAUAUUUUCUUGUUUCUUUUUGUUUAUACAAAGGCAGGCAUUUGGCUCAACCUAGUGAGCCCUUCAUUUGUUUGUCUCCAUUGAAGCAAUGGAUGGUGCUACCAGUUUUGGUCAGGAUCCAGAGACUGGAUAUGCAUUGUAGGAAGAACCAAAUACACAGCCAAAGUUUUACUUUUGCUUUCUGCUUCAGCUGUUCCUACUGCUGCAGAGACGAGUGUUUUUUAAAACUGGUUAGCAGCUUGUCUUUUCAGCAACAGGACCUGGGCAAGAAAAAGUGGGUGGAGAACACCAGUAUGGCUCUCCUCUGUUGGAUGCAUAUCCCAUCUUUGGAUACCAGGCCAUGUCUGUGAACUGUGAAUUUCACCCUUUGCAACAUCAGUUCAGGGUUUUGAGACACUGUAUUUUAAUGAGUGCUUCACAAAAUAUGGAAGAGGCGAUUGUCAGUACGUAGUCCUUGCACUGGUGUAGUGUAUUUUUCCCUUUAUUUCUUUCUUGAACAGCUGAUCUUCCUACCUCAGAGAAAACUCUUUCUGAUACAUCCCCUUUCCAAACACGGUUUGUCUUGAGGUAUGGGAGGCUGCUGCUGUGUGUGGUGGGGAGAGGGGCAGGGGGACACAACUAAUGGAACUAAGGAACUAGUUCCGUAGCUCCUUGGGGAUCUGACCAGUGCCUCUUGAAGUGAGAAGUCGGACCACUUUCUCUCACCAGAUGAAGACAUGCUCCCCCAAGGUAGGACUCGCCCAUGGAGUCAAUGGGAUCACCCUGCUGUCCACACAUUCGGCACUGAUGUGCCCUGUUCAUCUUGCUUUAUGAUAUCCAGGAGAGGUCUGUAGUCACCCCUCUUCAGAGGUCUCACUGAAUGUGCAGAGUCGCAUCACAGUAUGAAGGGUGACACCAGCAGGGUGGGAGGAGGGAAUGUCUGAAUGACGGUCUAGAUGUUUAUUUACUUCUGUCUUUCCCUUUGCUCUUCUGGCACUGAUUGCCACCUAUUGGGAGAGGCAUUUGUUACCCCAUGGAAUAAAGACAACUGCCCUAAGUCAGCAAGAAGAGCGCGGGGGGCGGGGAGGGAGGUGUUGAUCCUGAGCCAGUGCAAGUCUGGAAUUCCAUGUAAAAUUUAAGUGAGAAUGGAUGCACUCACUAAAGUGAAAUUCUCCCAGCAAGCUUACAUUUUUCUUCUUAAAUAGACAUUUUGUAGAUAGCUUUUCUAAUAAAAAAACUAUUGUGGUUUUUGAAAUCUGUGUUCAUAACACAGGCUUAAGGUGCGUGAAAUCAUUUAAAGCCUAUCAUUUUUUUUAAGGAUUUUUUUUACUUAGCCAAGUCUUGAAUCAAGGAGAACAGUCUCUCUAAAAGUGAUUUGUUGUUGUUGUUGUUGUUGUUCUGGAUCAUGUUUUUAAACCUAUGAACAAGCAGUGAACACGUUUCUUUGGAUGUCCUUUCUUCCACAUCUUCAAACGCACAGAAUCAAAGUUCAUUUUUUAUAAACUUGGUGCUUCUGCUGGGGAGGAAGAACACCUCGCAAGGAAUUGCACUGAAGUUUGUGUUUUGUUGUGGUGGUGCUGAUGGUUGAAAACACACAACAGCAUCCCACAGUGCUCAGCACUUCUGUCUUCUCUCUUUUUCCCUCACCCCUUCCCUCACCCAAACAGGUAACACACAUGCAAGCCUUUUCAGCUAUCUUUGGGCGCUGAUUUUUUUAAAGUGAUGCCUUACCUACUUUCUACUAGUUGUGUUCUAAUUCCAUUAGUGCUGUAUAUGAUGGAGUGGGUUUUUUAAUUUUAACAAAACAGGGCUAUAGAAGUCAUCUCUUGCAGUACAAUGAGUGGCUGUUACUGUUUGUAAUAAGAUAAAUGGGAUUUUCUUUUGUUUCUACAUGGGAUAAUAACUAAAGGAGGGAAAUGAUAGGGAAAAAGCUUCUCAGAAUUUCUAUUUCAACCUGAAAUUAAUUGGACAGCUUGUUUUUUUUUUUUUUUUAGUCAGUGGAGGCAAAAUCAGACCUUUUUUUUAUGAUACUAAGUUGUAUCACUCUUUAAUGCAAAGUGGCAGAGUCUUGAUUAGUUAAAAUAUGCAGGUAGAAUAUUAGUCACAAUUUAAAAAAUAAUCUUUGUAGGUUUAAUAUGAUGCAAGAUACACAAGGUCAUGCUACCAUAAAUCAGUUUACUGAAUAGGUAGCUUUAUUAUACCUCAUAAUAAUGUUUUCCUUUCAAUGACAUGAGUGAAUUGAGCCCUUUGUCUUUGAGCAUUUUGUCAUCUUGCUCUCAUUACAUUUUUCUAAUGCUGGCAACCUUAACAAAAUUGCACAAAUUUGCAAAAGACUGUUUUUCAUAGCUCAGUUCGGGCAUUAACGCAAACAAGAACUCUUUGAGUGUUUCUUUUUAACAAAAUAGGUUUCUUGACUAUUCUUCUUAAUGAUCAUCUGAUUACUGAAAACAAGUCACCAAAAUCAAAAAUCCUAAACCUGGCUAAUACACUGUAAGAAGCUAGCUUUUCAGCACCCUUUGUUUCCUAUGGUGAGACACAGGCUUAGAAGGUCUGUCGGGACAGUUUAUUACUCCUCACAUGGAAAAUGUUCUCUUCUAGACUUCAUACAAGGUGCAAGGUUUUGUUUUUUUUAGCCCAGGGGAACAUUGAAACAUGAAACUGCAUAUGCUCAGAAGUAGUACAGCCUGAAGAGACUGUAAGUAUCUGUGUUCUAAAUGAACUAUUAGAAUCCACUUUGUUCUAAGUGGAUUAUUAACAUAAUUUAAUACAACUUCUCUAUCAUGGAUGGGAAUAGAAUUACAAUGUAGUCCAUGGAAGUCAUUUUAAUGGAAAAGGCCUUCCACUAUUGACCUUUUGGGGAGUUUCCUAAAUCGCACAUUUUUAAAACUUUGCAUUUCAAAUCCAUUAAAUGUUGUGGUGCCGAAAUCCUGUUUCUUAGUUCUGGAGUCUUGCAGAUUGCCUGAACUUGUGCCCAGAGUAACACGGUUGACAGUAGCUACAGAGCAUCCCACAAUCCACAGGUUAUCUAGCAGCCAGAAGGAACUCUUCAUACAGACCAGGGAUUCCUCUAGAUAUGAGGUAAUCUCUAACGCCAUGUCUGUUUCCCCUAAGGGUAGAGUUAGAAAACCUACUCCAUACUGGUUUGGCAGGGGGCAGUGCUUGCCUGAUAACAACUACAGGGAACUGUGUAGCAUGAAACUUGACUUGUGAUAAGUUUCCCAGCUGUCAUUCUAUCAAUAUGCAACCUUCUAGUUCUUGUCAAAACUAUGCCAGUCUUGGCACUGUUGAUAGUGCCGAGACUCUGUCCUGUAGCACUUGGGAAAAGUGCAUCCUACUAGGGUUCCCAUCUCCCUGCUUCUCUUCUCCUAAGGACAGAGGAAUCCUGCUUGAAGGAAACUACCUCUUAGCAUUGAGAUAAAGAGGGCUCUUUCUGAGUGACCCUAAGGAUCACUGCUUUAUGCAUACAUCUUGGGCUCACUGAAAACAGAAACACUCAAGGAUUCUGGUCACGCUAGCCAAUAUGGCGCCUGGCUUGAGAAAGAAAUGCCUCAGACAUAAAUUGGGAUAAACAUUUUUGCUACAAUGAUGCCCCAGGGGCUAAAUGAUUCAAUUUGAUAGUAUUGUAUCUGUUUGAAACUAAUAUUUAGAAUUCAUAUGUAUUUUCCAGUUCCUGCUACAAGUAAUUACUACGAAGAUGCAAUGUGUCCAUGCAGAACCCUUGACAAUUAGAUCCCCUAUGAACUGUCUUAGAAACAUGUAAUAUGGCUGUCAUAAGAAGUUUCAUUUGUUUCUAUACUCCAGUAAGUCCCUUGCAAAUGGGCCCAUCGGGCUGCUUUCCUUCAAGGUGUGCGGUCUCCGAUGCGCAUAUCUGGGACAAAAGUGCUGUUGAUCAUUCCAAGAGAAGAGACAGCUCUACAUGUGCUUGUUUCGAACUGACUCAUUUAGGAAAAUGACUGAAGGGGGGAUUCUUGUAUCGAAAACCCUGUUUGUCCGUAUAGGGCUCUGUGGGUUGGGAGCAUUUAAUAGAUACCAAGGUACAUGAGAAUUAUUCAAAGGAAUAAUAUGGCUUGGGAAAGUGAUAUGCAAUUUUUUUCCAUAGAUUGGAUUGGAGCUGAUUCUAUGUCUAAUUUACUGCUUCACCUUUUAGUUGAUAGAAAAACCCUUGGUUGGAUAUUCCAUUUUUCUGCAAAUUCCAUUGCUGUAAACAAGGAAAGGAAUUCUUUAUUGCUUUCAUUUGGAUCACUGAAAAUUUGAGUCAUUUUGUUCCUUUCAGUUACCACACAACUAUAGUGUCCUUUCUGAGACUUCGGGAAACAGGGUUGCCUGUUAUGCACAUUUCUUAAUUUAGCUCGUAUUUUCCUUAUAGACUAAUCAAUACCCUUUCUCAUUGUACAAUGACAAAAUACUUUAUCUAGAUUGCUUCCAGUUUUGCCUUUCCUUUCCUGCAACUUUGGCAUGAUUUCCUGUUACUAUUUUUUGUACAAGACUCUAUGCAACAGUCAUGUUUAGUUAUACAUUGGAAGCCUAUGAAAUGUCCCUUUCCUUUACAACUGCUAAGAACAGUACAAGUUGUAAAUCAUAUAUUGGAUAUGUACCUUUUUCCUCUUAGGCGAUGGUGCAGAGAUGAGGAGGGGUUGGCAAGACCCCCCCCCUUUUGGUAUAUUUUGCAAAGAAAGGAAAGAACCCCCCUACAAUAUUGCAUUGUUGAUGCUUAAGAAUUUUGAUAUUCUGUGUCUUGAACAUUGUCUAAAUGUGGCAAUUCUCUUUUAAGGAAAACAAAAGAAAAAAUAUUGUGGAUAUUAAAUGGAAGGUUACUGUUUUGAUCUAGUUGUUUCCAGUGGAACCAUUUAUGAGAAAAGUUCUCUAAGAUGUACAUUUUUUCAUUGUAACAUACAAAUGUAAAUAUUUGAUUACAAGUGCUGCAUUUUGAUGAAUUUUUUCUAGCCAUUUUUAAAAGAGAAAACUAGGAAUUGAGUAUUUUGUGUACAGUAUGAUGUUCCUUCUCCUCACUUCCCUAUUUAAUUUUGCUGUUACUAUUUAGGAUUGGAAAUUGCAAAUGGUCUAUUUGGGAUCAUGCUGCUCUCCAGCUUGCCCUUACAUCUUCCGCUGCCCGUUCCACCCGUCCCCCCCCCAUCCUGUGUCAUGGAGAAUAAAGCUGAUGAUUGUACCAGUCUUAAAUUAUUCAUGAUUCAAUAAAUUUGAUGCUUAUUUAUUCAGA